GCGCAUCCAAGGCGGCUAGCGGAGUCUCAUCUCCGCCUGCGACCCCGCCAACCGCACCAGCCUUACCGUCCGCGUCGGCGCUAGCUUCCGCUUCCGAAAUCCCCCCAGUCCCGACAAUUAUAGCGCAUCCGCCUCCCGAGGAGAUCGUGCUGUCUGGCCACCGCUUCCGACACGGCCUCUUCCCCAAGCCACGAUGUCGAUCCGUGGGGCCAGGCAUACAAGAUAUUCCGGGAGCGGGAGCCCGAGCUGACGGCAGACUACGCGAAGCAUCUGGCCUCCGUGCAAGGCGACCCCCCAGCCAGCAUCGACCUUUCAGUGCCGCGGUCCGUCGAGUCAAUCAUGACGCAGCUGUUAGAAGAUCGGGAGAAGAAGCAGUGGCGAGUCUCGCUUCUGGGGGGUGGAUUUAAAGAUACGAGAGCAGGCGGAGAAGUUGGCAAAGUUUCUCCUCUGGUCCGACCCGAUAGUCAAGGACGCUCUCAGCGCUCAGCCGUACACGGCGCUGGCAUGGACCGGUGUUUCGUUGCUUCUCCCCGCUUCAAUUUAAUCGGCAACCUCCAAAUAUAUUGGCGAAUCUGCGAAGAGACCUAUCUCCAAUCCGAACAUCGACAAUAUUACAAACGCCUCGUCGAACCCUUGGCCAAGGUCUAUUCGUACAUCAUCGAAUAUCAAGCCCGCGUCAUAUGCCAUCUCUCCAUAGCCCAACUCUCGCGCGCGUGGCAAAACGUGGCCGGCUGGAACGACUGGGAUAAUAAGGCAGCAGAGAUUGAUAAGUUGAGUAAAGACUGCAGCGGCUGCAUCGUUCAUCUCAAUGAAGGGGAAAUCAAGGAACGCUGGAACUGCCAGCUGCAAGAGAUACAACAGUCGCGGACCAUUCUCGGCGAGAUCCGGGGGAUUCUUGAAAGAGGUGGGAGGCAGACCCAGAGAAUCUACGAGGACCAGAAGGAAAGAGCUCUCCUUGAAGAUCUCGCGUCCGACUACGAAGGUUACAAAAACUUCAACCGGCCUAAGGUGGAAGGCACAUGCGAGUGGUUCUUCGACGAUGACAGAUUCCGUAAGUGGCGAGACAGCAACACGUCCAGCCUUCUCUGGGUCUCUGCCGGCCCUGGGUGUGGAAAGUCGGUCCUGUCGCGGGCUCUGAUCGACGACCAUCGGCUAUCCACGAACGUUACGACCUCGACCGUCUGCCAUUUCUUUUUCAAGGACGGAGAUGAACGCCGCAUGCACAGCACCAACGCCUUGUGUGCCAUCCUCCACCAGCUUUUCACGCAGAACCCUGCCGGCGGCCUGAUCGGAAAUGCGCUGCCCCGCCACAAGAACUACGGUGAAAAGCUGACCCAAAACUUCUCUGAGCUCUGGCGAACCCUGCUGGAGUGUGUCAGAUCCUCGGACACUGGAGAAGUCGUUUGCAUCCUCGAUGCUCUUGAUGAAUGCGAUAAAAGUAGCCGGAAGGAAUUGAUCAACAAGCUUAAAGACUUCUACUACCAGCCGCACCAUCUGGCCCACUCGUCUUCGAAGCUUAAGUUUCUCAUCACCAGUCGUCCAUACGACCAUUUAGAGGCUAAUUUUGGGAAUUUCCCUACGACAAAGUAUCUGCGAUUCGAUGGCGACGACAAGUCUGCCGACAUCGGCCGCGAGAUCCAUCUGGUCAUCGAUGAGCGCGUAAAUACAGUCAUGGGUAGUUUCAACGCUGAUGAUCGACGCAAGAUUUCCCAGCGCCUCAAGAGCAUGGAGAACCGCACAUACCUGUGGCUUUAUCUCAUAUUCGACAUAAUCGAGGAGAACCUGAGUCGAUACGGGAAGCGGUCAAGCGUUGAGAGCCUAUUGUCUGAUAUUCCAUCCCAGGUGUCUGAAGCGUACGAAAAGAUCUUGAGCAGAAGCCAGGAUGAAGUACAAACCGAUAUACUUCUCCGAAUCACCCUCACCGCUGCACGGCCCCUGACUCUCGACGAGGCGAACGUUGCGUUGACGUUAGCUUUACAGAAACAACGGUUCGCAUCAUACGCGGCCGUUGAAUCAGAAUUGUGGCCAAGAGACAACUUCCGAAGCAUCGUCAAAAACUUAUGCGGCCUCUUCAUCAGCGUCUACGACUCAAAGCUGUCUUUCAUUCAUCAGACAGCGAGGGAAUUCCUCACCAAUCCUCAACGACAAGGCAAGUGGGAAGGGCGCUUGAACAUGCCAAAGUCGCACAGCACGAUGUCACUGGUCUGCCUUCACUAUUUACUCCUGCCAGAUCUCGCAACACCAGUUCAGAACUCUCCCGGUAGUCAAGAACGCUCAUUCUUCCCCUACGCAGCUGUCCACUGGCCUUCGCACCACAUCUCGCAGGAAGAUGUCCUUGCAGACCGAUCACGGAAGGAUGCGCGCGCGCUCUGUAAUGUGGUUGGGAAGGCGAUGGUUUGGGCGCCUAACUACUUCGAACCGAGGUGGAUCAGUUGGCAAAAUUGGACUGAUUUGGCUCUGGCGAGCUAUCUGGGUCUAAGGCUGGUCGUCGAAGAUAUCUUGGCCAAGGAGAAAAUAGAUGUUAACGCACAAGGCGGAGAGUACGGCACGGCGCUCCAGGCGGCCUCCUUCCAAGGCCAUAAAGAGAUCGUCGAGAUGCUGCUCGAUAAGGGCGCCGACGUUAAUGUACAAGGCGGAGACUACGGCACAGCACUCCAGGCGGCCUCGAGAGAAGGCUACAAAGAGAUCGUCGAGAUGCUGCUCGAUAAGGGCGCCGACGUUAAUACACAAGGCGGAUACUACGGCACGGCGCUCCAGGCGGCUUCGGCACGAGGCCACAAAGAGGUCGUCGAGAUGCUGCUCGAUAAGGGCGCCGACGUUAAUGCACAAGGUGGAUGGGAGGAGGCCGAGAAGCUGUUUGUGCAGGUAAUGGAGACUCGCAAGCCGAAGCUCGGGGCCGAUCAUCCCGACACGCUGAUGAGCAUGGCCAACCUAGCAUCAACCUACAGGAACCAGGGCCGGUGGGAGGAGGCCGAGAAGCUGGAAGUGCAGGUGAUGGAGACUCGCAAGGCGAAGCUUGGGGCCGAUCAUCCCUCGACGCUGACGAGCAUGGCCAACCUGGCGUCGACGCUUUGGAACCAAGGCCGGUGGGGGGAGGCCGAGAAGCUGUUUGUGCAGGUGAUGGAGACUCGCAAGGCGAAGCUUGGGGCCGAUCAUCCCUCGACGCUGACGAGCAUGGCCAACCUUGCUUUCACGUGGAAUAGUCAAGGUCGACAUGAAGAUGCCCUAGCGUUGAUGCAAGACUGUGUUGAGGCUCGGCAGCGAGUCCUUGGGCCUGAGCAUCCUGACACGCUGUCGCCCUUGGCUACUGUGUCGGAAUGGAGUAGCUAGGCUCAUCUUAAUUCUUCUUGCUGUAUAGUGCAAUCUGAAGGCCUCCAUUCGGUUAAACUACCGGUAAAGUUUCUAAUCUAUAUAUCUGCAUCCUAUCGAGACGAAAGGCUUUCACGUCUUCGUAGUUCAGGGCUAACAUGUUUGAAAACUUGUUUUUGAGCGUUCAGCACUGGGCAGGUUGGUGAACUCAGCAGAAUGGGACUCCAUGUACUUUUUCGCAGC